AUGGCGCGCUUUGAGAUUGGGUAUUUCCCUAAAGGAAUUCCCUUGGAUGAUUCUGGCAAGUUCGUGAGUGGAUCACUUCACUGGUCUAAUCAAACCCAGAAUAUCGUCUCCUUCGAUGUGUCAAAAGAAACCCAUUCUGAAAUCUCACAGCCCUGUUGUUAUGAGGAUAGGAAGGGGGAUUUGAAUCCAAUGCUUGGGGUUUUAAAUGGAUGUCUCAGUCUGCUAUAUAACUUUGAUCCAAACCAAGCUGAUAUAUGGGUGAUGAAGGAGUAUGGAAAAGUGGAAUUGUGGUCUAAGUUGUUUUCAAUACAGAGUCUGCAUGAGCAGCAUGCUUGUUUGCGAUAUUCUGCACCCUUGUUUAUUUCCAGAAAAAACGAGGUCAUUUUGUUGUUAGGAUCUCAAUUGGUGUUGUAUAAUAUCGACAGCAAUUCGAUUAUGCAUCCAGUCAUUCACAAUAGCUUAUUUGGAGCAUACACUUAUGUUGAGAGCUUGGUAUCGCCUUAUCUUGAAGAUGAAUGA